UUGUAAACCUCAAAAAGCGAGAAAAGCCAACAAAACCCGUUCUUUCAGGGACGCUUCUGACAUAGCCCUUAUUCGGCUUCUCAAAUUAGUUUUUCAAAUAAAGAGGCCGGAUCGGAUUUACCGUCCCAACUAGAAAGUCCAGUCCGACCGACCGAGAUGACACAAGAACACGACAACAAAAGGGCCAUCCUAGUGUUGCAGAAUGAGACGCCAUACAACCAGAGACGGUCAUACACAAGUGAAGAUGAAGCCUGGAAGUCCUUCCUAGAAAAUCCUCUGACUGCUGCCACCAAAGCGAUGAUGAGUAUUAAUGGAGAUGAAGACAGUGCAGCUGCCUUGGGGUUGCUUUAUGAUUAUUACAAGGUCCCAAGAGAAAAGAGGACAAUCUCACCAUCAAAGCCAGAGAUUAUUACAACUGACACAGAUCUCAGUAAAAGGAGCUGCACGAUACCAGUCUCUGAGCCAGUUCUGAGCACGGACAGCAAAUUUCAGGUUCUGAAGGGGGUUCCUCUUAAUUUUGUGCUACCAGCAAACCAGAUUACCCAAGAGAAAAGAGGCAACUUCCAGUCUCCCGACACUACAGUAACAGUUUCCAUUGCUGCAGUGCCCAGCUACCCUGUGAAGACAGAAGUUUCAUCUCAUGGCUUCAUGGUGGGUAUCCCCCCUGUAGUCCACUGCACUGAACCUGACAGCCGCAUUGUUGUUUUCGAUCGAGCAAUUAACCAAGACCAAUUCAGCCCCAGCACCCAGCCACCAAAUUCCCAGCGCAGGACUCCAGACUCUACUUUCACAGAUGGCACUCCAGAGAGACACCUAAAGAACAUGACAGAAAGUACUUGGCCUAGAAAAUAUUUUUCAUUUCCUGGAGAUAUUCCAUUGCGGAUGCCAGCAAUUGCUCCUGAGGAUUACCCCUUUGACAGCAUGACUAGCAGUACCUUUGAGUACACCUUGGAAGCUUCCAAGUCCCUUCGACAGAAGCCUGGUGAUGGCACUAUGACAUAUCUGAACAAGGGGCAGUUCUAUCCCAUCACCCUAAAAGAAACUGGAAACAACAAAGGCAUGCUUCACACUAUCAGCAAAGUGCGAAGUGUGGCUAUGGUUGUAUUUGGAGAAGAGAAAUGCAGAGAAGACCAACUAAGACAUUGGAAAUACUGGCAUUCUCGACAACAUACAGCAAAGCAGAGAUGUAUUGACAUUGCUGAUUAUAAAGAAAGCUUCAACACAAUAAGUAACAUUGAGGAGAUUGCAUACAACGCUAUAUCCUUCACAUGGGAUAUCAACGAUGAAGCAAAGAUAUUUGUUUCUGUGAAUUGCUUGAGCACUGAUUUCUCCUCUCAAAAAGGAGUGAAAGGACUACCUCUCAACCUCCAAAUUGACACCUACAGCUACAAUAACCGAAGCAAUAAGCCCAUCCACAGAGCAUACUGCCAGAUCAAAGUUUUUUGUGACAAGGGAGCUGAGCGCAAGAUAAGAGAUGAGGAGAGGAAACAGUCUAAGAGAAAGGGAAAGUGCCCUGACCUCUCUUCUCCGAUCAGUACAUUUUCAGAUGUAAAAAUGCCCAUUAUAACAAAAAGGACUGACAUCACAGUUUUUAAGCCAAUGAGUGACUUGGAGACUCAGCCUGUUCUUUUUAUUCCUGAUCUUCACUUCACAAACUUCCCACGGCAUACUUUUGUUUCUGAAGAAAUGGAGGAAGGGGCUGGAAUGAAGAGGUUACCAUUUGUGUCUGAGGAAGACUUUGGCUCACCAUCCAGUAAGGUUCCUAGGUUAGAAGAACCCAAAAAAGUCUUACUUUAUGUAAGAAAGGAAUCUGAAGAGGUUUUUGAUGCUCUUAUGCUGAAGACCCCGUGCCUAAAAGGGUUAAUGGAAGCAAUUUCAGACAAAUAUGAAGUACCAAUUGAAAAAAUGGGAAAAGUCUACAAGAAGUGCAAAAAAGGGAUAACUGUCAAUAUGGAUGACAACAUUGUGAAGCAUUACUCUAAUGAAGAUACCUUCCAGAUACAAAUCGAGGAAACGGGUGGAACCUAUAAACUCACUCUUACGGAAAUAUAAAUAUCUGAUGUCAGUCUGGAGCAGUUGUUACAAAAUGUAUCAUGCACAUUUACAGCUGAAGGUGUGAUACUUGAAAAUAUGGUGGCAGUUAACAAGUGUUAUGGAGGGUUUACAUGUCUGCUGUAAAUUAUACUUUUCCUUUCCUGCUUCCUGAAGUAUACUUCUGUUACCUCAUGGGUAGCUCUUGGGCAUUUUUGAAAUUAAUUUUUUAUAUUAUCAGAAGGACUGUGUUUGAGGCAAAACAUUUGAUGGUAGUUUUAAAGCAUUCAAAGCAAAAUCCAUAUAUGAAAUACAAAGCACUAUGCAAAAAUUGCCUAAUACAGCCUUGUAUAUAAAUAAUACUUAGAGGUAUUAGAUUCACCAUCAAUAUUUUACAAAUAAUAAUGGAAUGUAGGUCCUACUUAUGGAAAAACCCAUUAUGUUAACUUUCAGAAGAAAGCAAACAUAAACUGAUUAAAAUAAAGUAAGUACAUAACAGCAGGUAAAAAUAUAUGUGAUAACUAUAUAUUUAUUUAUUUUAUCUACCAAAAAUCAAAAAGAUAUCCGAUUAUAAAAAUCGUGGGAGCAUUUAAAUAUUUUUGUUUAUUUAAUCCUUGUCUAUUUUUGAUAUCUUACUAUCUCUUGCUUUAAAUAAACUGUCAAGGAAUACUGCACAAUGAAUAAAUAUAAAUUAAAUAUUGUUACAAAAAUAUAAAUUGUUAAAUAUCUGUAUGUUGGAAAGCAAAACAUUUUACCUGCUGUUUAGUUUUAUACUUAUUCUGGCUAGUAUGUGUGUGUGUUUUUUGUCUGUUUAUUUACCCUUAUUAAUGCCAAAUUUUGUUUGAAUAACAUACCUGCCCAUCCUUGCUAGAAACCAUACAUUUGUCUUCUUAAAAAGAUGACUAAAAUGAUUCUCUGUAAAUAAGAAACCCACCCUGUUAGUAUUACUUUAAGUGUUAACACCAAGAAAUUAACAGGCAGAAAUCCUUUUGGUAUUAGGGGUUGCUAAUUAGCUUAAGGUGCCGUUUUCAAGAGGUAAUUGACUCACUGGGCGGAUUGUUUCAGCAAAGUUGUAAAAUACUUAAUAACCUGGUAACCAAAAAACAACCCAACAAACUGCAUUCUGGGAAAACAAAUGACUUGUCUUUUGAUACACUACAGUAAUCUUCCCUGUUUUAUUCAAAUGCACCAAGGUUGUACUAAAGAAAAUUUCUGAACCUUUUUUUUAUUUAUAAAGAGAUAUCCAUCUUAUAUACCGUAAGUGCAAUACAUUCAAAUAUAAAUGUAAAUCUCUUCUAAUGAACUUUUUCUGGUUUUGAUACAUAUAUUUUCAUAAAGGAGCUGAGCAUUUGCUACAUUUACACAGAGGUUUUGUAAUUAUGUCACCCAAAUACAGUACCUGAUAUGGACGUGAAGCCUUUCACUUUUUUCAAAACAAACGGGUACAUCCUGUUAUAUUAAAAUACUAGAUUCAUAUGGACAUAACAUAACAGAAGAAUCUUAAAUAAAUGGGCAACACACUGGAUCUGACAAAUUUUUGUGCCAUUAGAAUAUUCGCUAAGUGAUGUCUUUCCUAACACUCACCAGCUUGUAUUAUCAUAGAACAUA